UAAGAAGCUUUGUUUUAAGCAGAAAUAAGCAGUCAGUUACAAUUAAUCAAGUUGUUUUUUCGUUUGUUUUGGUUUUGUAGUAGUUAAAAAUGUCUGUUACUUUAGAUAUUCGUCUUAAACGUGUUAAUAAAAUUUAUCAUGAUGAGGAGGCAAUUAUUGGUUAUGUGAUUAUUGAGAGUAGAAAUGAACUCAAGCAUGAAGGUUUAACUUUGUCUAUGGAAGGUAAUGUUACCAUGCAGCUAAGUGCGAAAAACGUUGGCAUUUUGGAAGCAUUUUAUUCAUCAGCUAAGCCUGUCCUAUUGACCAACUGUGUUCUAGAAAUCGCUAAACCUGGCAAAUUUCCAGCCGGGAGAACUGAACUUCCCUUUGAAAUACCCUUGAAACCUAGGACAAAUAGAACUUUAUAUGAAACUUAUCAUGGUGUAUUUAUCAGCAUUCAGUAUUACUUAAAGUGUGAGAUGAAGCGAUCUCUAUUGAACAAGGAUUUGCAAAAAGUUUUGGAGUUCAUAGUUGAAUAUAAGGAACAGAAAGCAGAUUCUAAAGCAGUUCCUGUUAAUUUCAACAUUACACCUGAAUCUUUGCAAAAUGUUAAAUAUCAGAGGAAAAAUAUGCCUAAUUUUGUCAUAAAAGGAAGAAUCGACUCUACAGUGUGUAAUAUAAUGCAGCCAUUUACUGGAGAGUUAUGUAUUGAGAAGUGUGAUGCUACAAUACGUUCUGUUGAAUUACAGUUAGUAAGAGUUGAAACAUGUGGUUGCUCAGAAGGAUAUUCUCGAGACGCUACAGAAAUUCAGAAUAUUCAAAUUGGUGAAGGAGAUGUUUGCAGAAACAUUUUGAUUCCUAUACAUAUGAUAUUUCCCAGGCUAUUUACUUGUCCAACACUUGUCACAAAUAAUUUUAAAAUAGAAUUUGAAGUUAAUGUAGUAGUUGUUUUUGAGGAUGAGCAUAUAAUCACUGAAAACUUUCCUAUAGUCAUUGUAAGGGCAUGAGUUGCUGGAAUGUUAUCAAGAAAACUUGUGAAAUAAUUAUUUGUUGAAAAGUCUAUAAUUGGACUGAGAAUUGUGGCUGAGAGGUAGCUGAUCUGUCAGGUUCAACUUUUCUGCUCUUGUUUUUAAAAGAUUGAGGACUCUUUUAUUUUCAAAGAUUUGUGAAGAACCAACAUAAAAUUAACAUGAAAUUAAUAAUUUUGCUUCACACAGAAAAUUUAAAACAUAUCUUUGUAUAAAAUGAUGCCCUAGAUGAGAAAGAUGUAUCAUCUUAAAAUAGAAUUGAUUUUCAAUGAAGUUAUAUAUAUAAUAUUGUAAAUAAAUUCAUAUUUUUGUUACAUUUA